AUGUCAUCGAUUGUGCGGCGAGCUAGGUCAACUUCUCUUCCGAAUUUCCUGGCAUGGCGUGCUUUGGGUUUUCGCACCAUCUCCUCCGGCCGCCUGGGUUUGGCAUCGUCUGUUCCACGUUCGCGGGCCACCGCCGGGGUAAAAGUUCUGGACUCAUUUAAGGAGGAAUUCGAAGUCGGAUCUCGCGUCGUCACGCUCGAGACGGGAAAAAUCGCCCGCUUUGCCAAUGGUUCCGUUGUGCUCGGCAUGGACGAGACCAAAGUUCUCGCCACCGUUGCUUGUGCUAAGACCAACUCGCCUGGAGAUUUCUUACCUCUCACUAUUGAUUAUCAAGAGAAGCAAUACGCUCAAGGCUUGAUUCCAAAUACGCAUUCGCGAAGAGAGGGAGCACCAAAAGAGCGGGAACUGUUAUGCGGCCGGCUCAUUGACAGGCCAAUCAGACCAUUGUUUCCUACAGGGUUUUACCAUGAAGUUCAGAUAAUGGCAAGUGUUCUAUCGUCGGAUGGGAAUCAAGAUCCAGAUGUAUUGGCUGCUAACGCAGCAUCUGCUGCACUUAUGCUAUCGGAUGUUCCAUGGGGAGGGCCCAUUGGAGUCAUCCGAAUAGGAAGGAUCAAUGGACAAAUGGUUGUCAAUCCUACUGUGGAUGAGCUUACCUUAAGUGAUCUCAGUUUGAUAUACGCUUGCACAAGGGAUAAGACUCUGAUGAUUGAUGUUCAAGCUCGGGAAAUCUCAGAGAAAGAUCUAGCAGCUGCUCUGAGGCUAGCUCAUCCAGAGGCUGUUAAGUACAUCGAUCCCCAAAUAAGAUUGGCUGCGAAAGCUGGGAAACAAAAGAAGGAGUACAAACUGUCCAUGCUUUCUGAGAAAACUUUAGAAAAAGUCACUGACUUGGCUGCAACGCGUAUUGAAUCCGUCUUUACCGAUCCUUCAUAUGGCAAGUUCGAACGUGGAGAGGCUCUCGAUAACAUUGGCAAAGAUGUGAAAAAAGUAUUUGAAGAAGAGGGCGAUCUAGAAAGCUUGAGCAUCCUUCCAAAGGCUGUUGAUACAGUGAGAAAGAAGGUAGUUCGUUCAAGGAUGAUUUCAGAUGGAUUUCGAGUCGACGGGAGACAUCUUGAUGAAGUUAGGCCCAUCCAUUGCGAAUCGCAUUACUUACCUGCAUUGCGCGGGUCAGCAAUUUUCUCACGUGGUGAUACACAGGUUCGUGCUGAAACUUCAGUUGCAGAGUGUAUGGUUCUCUGUGCUGUCGCCGUUGGAGCCCCAGGAGAUGCACAAAGCUUGGAUUCUCUUGUUGGUCCCCCGAAAAAGAGAUUUAUGCUUCACUACACAUUUCCUCCUUAUUGUACAAAUGAAGUCGGGAAACAAAGAGGCCUUAACAGGCGUGAAGUUGGUCAUGGAACACUGGCUGAGAAAGCAUUACUUGCUGUCUUGCCCACUGAAGAAGAUUUUCCUUAUACUAUUCGUAUUAAUUCAGAGGUGAUGUCCUCUGAUGGCUCCACGUCUAUGGCAAGCGUUUGUGGAGGUAGUAUGGCUUUGAUGGACGCCGGAAUUCCUCUCCGUGCUCAUGUUGCAGGUGUUUCUGUUGGUCUUAUCACUGACGUUGAUUCAUCAAGUGGCGAAAUUAUAGAGUACCGUAUAGUAACGGAUAUAUUGGGAUUAGAGGAUCAUCUCGGAGAUAUGGAUUUCAAGAUUGCUGGGACACGAAAUGGUGUGACGGCAAUUCAAUUGGAUAUCAAGCCGGCUGGAAUACCGUUGGACAUAGUUUGUGAAUCUUUAGAAAAUGCACGUGAAGCCCGUCUUCAGAUUCUUGACCAUAUGGAGAGAGAAAUUAAUUCUCCACGAGAACAGGAUGAAGAUUCCACUCAGAUAGAAACUUUAAGGUACAGCAACGAUGCGCUUCGUAGCUUGAUCGGACCUUUGGGCGUCAUCAAGAGGAAGAUUGAAGAGGAAACAGGUGCAAGAUUGUCUAUUGAUGACGGAACAUUAACUAUUGUUGCCAAGAAUAAGGCUGUGAUGGAAAAGGUUCAGGAAAAGGUUGACUUGAUCAUCGGUCGUGAAAUAGUUGUUGGUGGCGUGUACACAGGCAAAGUGACAUCCAUAAAAGAGUACGGCGCAUUUAUUGAGUUCAGUGGUGGUCAGCAAGGUCUACUACAUAUGUCUGAGCUAUCUCAUGACCCAGUAUUGAAGGUUUCAGAUGUAUUACAUGUUGACAAGUCCAUCACUGUGACGUGCAUUGACAAGGAUGUCCGCGGCAACAUUAAAGUAUCUCUCAAGGCAGUGUUACCCAAACCCGAACCGAAACCAGCGUCUAAACGUGGAAAAUGCUCUGUGGUGAAAGAGUCGUCUAUAGAAGAAACGUCUAGUGUUGGAGAGGCAGUUGCAAGCAUGCGCAGUGUUGUAGAGCCACCUCGGAAAUCUAGACUAUCAGUUCCUGCAGUUGUCAUCCGUACUGCUGUGGAGUGUGAUGAGGCAGAAGAAACUCUGGCUAACUGUGGCGAGACGCUGAAGCAAGACGAGAAACUCGAGCCUAGUGAUGCUAACCUAGUAUCAUCUUCAAAAACUAGGAAAUCUUUUAGGAAGGAGAGACAAUCAGAGAACGGAGGUGGCGAGAGCGCAACGAUUACUGCCCGGAAACUGAAAAUAGGAACAGAAGUGACGGCCAAAGUCCACGUGGUUCGACCCCGUGGAUUGGUUCUUGAUUUAGGUGGUGGAAUCCGCGGGAAGUACAUAUUCGAGGGGGAUGAAGAGACAAAGUUUGAGGUAGGAGACGCAUUGAAGGUGAAAUGUACUGGUUUUAGUACUGAAGGAAAACCUGUGAUGGCUUUGGUUGACGACGAGUAG